UGGCCUACUUUGUCAGUAACGAUGCAGGGGAGCAAGCUCGAUAUUUCCAAGGGAUGAUACGCGAAUUAUAGAACGAAUUCUCUCCACAAAACGUUUUCGCACGUUGCUCUCCAUUAUAUUCUAUCAACGCUUCUCUUUAAAUUCCAAAACGUAUAACGUACAAGAUUAAAUAAUGAAACGUACCGUAACGUAAAAAGAAAGAUGCAAACACUGUGCGUAAAUAUCGAAAUAGUGCAGUUAGUUUGUGUGACGUGAGAUAAAAAAAACCGUGCAAAAGAAGUUUAUGAAUUGCAAGAAGUACUGCAAGAUAAAUUUAUUAAAAAAUACAUUCAACCCUGAUUUCCCUACAUGUGCGAUGUUUUACACGCGAUGAAUACGAUUACUUGAAAAAAUUUCAUUCGUAUACAUUUAAGAUAAAUCUAAUUUAACUGUAUCAGUUAAGUAUCUACUGCUAGCUACUAAUCAUAAUCACUACUUUUGAACUGCAAGUUUGUUUUACUAAGCUUCAAAUAUACAUUGAUAUUGUUCAUGCAGUUCUAUGUAGAUAUGAUAGACAAAACCAAAAGUUGUCGUAUGUUAGUGUAUUGCUUAAUAUUAAGGUGAAUGCAUAUACGUAUCAAGAUGGCAAUGGGAAGUAUUAUUUGUGGAGCCAGCACUCCUAAAAUGAAGAGAAAAAAGGCAAAGGUAACUGAACGCAGUUGGAUAGAGGCAACUUUUCAAAAAAGAGAAUGUUCAAAAUUUAUUCCAAGUGCUGAUGAUGAACACAAGUUUAUGCAAGUAAAGGGAGAUAAGAAUGCAGAGUAUGAUGUGAUCACCACUUCCAGAUGUUGUUGUGGAUAUUCUUAUACUCAUCACUGCAGAGCUGGUAUAGAUGUUCAAAGUUACACUCCUAGUAAUACCAAAGAAGAAGAUCGAGAACAAUGGUCUCCUGGAAAAAAUACACGUCCAUUUCCUACUGAUGCAUAUGGUACCAUUGAAUUUCAAGGUGGACCUCAUCCAACUAAAGCUCAAUAUGUGAGACUUGCUUAUGACACAAGGCCAGAACCAAUAGUACAAUUGUUGUGUCGAGAAUGGAAUCUGGGAUUACCUAAGCUACUAAUAACUGUGCAUGGUGGUCGAUCUAAUUUCGAACUGCAGCCAACUUUGAAAAAAGUUCUAAGGAAAGGUUUGCUGAAGGCUGCAAAGACAACUGGUGCAUGGAUAUUCACAGGUGGAACUAAUACAGGUGUAACAAGACAAGUAGGAGAUGCCCUGCUACUAGAAAGAUCUCAAAGACAAGGUCGGGUUGUAAGUAUCGGCAUAGCACCAUGGGGAAUUUUAGACAAAAGUCAUGAACUUGUAGGCCGUGGAGGUGAAGUACCUUAUGAAUGUCUUUCAUCUCCGUGGUCUAAAUAUGCAGUUUUAAACAAUCGUCAUGCAUAUUUUUUAUUGGUGGAUAACGGUACCGGCGGUCGAUAUGGUGCAGAAAUUGUGCUGCGUAGAAGAUUGGAAAAAUAUAUUUCUAAUCUAAAAUUACAGCCAUACACACACAGUAGCAUUCCUGUCGUGGCAUUGGUAAUUGAAGGAGGAACAAAUACGAUUCGAUCAGUUUUAGAGUAUGUUACAGACGUUCCUCCUGUUCCUGUAGUAGUCUGCGAUGGAUCAGGUCGUGCAGCUGAUCUCAUCGCUUUUAUGCAUAAAUACGCGUCUGAAGGAGAUGGAGAGAAUGGAGAGAAUGAGGGACCAUUAGAAAGUAUGAGAGGACAUCUUUUAGAUACUAUCAAACGCACUUUCAAAGUAUCCUCUGAACAGGCAUCACAACUGUACUCUGAACUUUUACAAUGUACCCGUAAGAAACAUUUGAUAACAGUAUUUAGAAUAAGUCAAGAGCGGCCACAGGAACUUGACCAAACGAUUCUGACAGCUCUGUUCAAGUCCAAGCAAUUAUCCCCUGCCGAGCAGCUAUCGUUAUCUUUAAUUUGGAAUAGAGUGGACAUAGCGCGUUGUGAAAUAUUUGUGUAUGGUCAAAAUUGGCCACCAGGUGCUCUGGAACAGGCAAUGAUGCAAGCUUUGCAACACGAUCGAAUUGACUUCGUGAAACUUCUCUUAGAAAAUGGAGUCUCUAUGCGUAAAUUCUUGUCUAUACCUCGCCUUGAGGAAUUGUACAAUACCAAAGAAGGCCCUUCGAACACACUGGGCUACAUUCUCCGCGACGUUCGACCAAAUAUUCCACGGGGUUACAUGUACACACUGCACGAUAUCGGCCUCGUAAUAAAUAAAUUAAUGGGUGGCGCGUAUCGGUCGCAGUAUACACGCAGAAGAUUCCGUAUGAUCUAUACCAAAGUGAUGAAGAGAUCUGGGGCACAUCCUCAACAUAUGCAUCGAAAUAGCUGCGUCAUGAGUAGCACUAGUCGUUACUAUUCGGGAUCUGGUAGUAAACAGGAUAGUUUAACAAUGAGUUUGCUCGCUGAAACUUUACCAGCUAAUCGAGACACGCCGCUUUUUGAUUAUCCUUUCAAUGAGUUGCUUAUAUGGGCUGUGUUAACUAAACGACAGCAAAUGGCACUAUUAAUGUGGCAACAUGGGGAAGAAGCUUUAGCAAAAGCACUCGUUGCUCUUAAAUUGUAUAAGGCUAUGGCGCAUGAAGCUGCUGAGGAUGAUCUUGAAACAGAAGUUUAUGACGAAUUGCGGAGUUAUGGGAAAGAAUUUGAAAAUAUUGCCUUGGAAUUGUUAGAUUAUUGUUAUCGUCAAGAUGACGAUCAAACGAAACAGCUAUUGACUUCUGAACUUCAAAAUUGGUCUGGUCAAACAUGUCUUUCAUUGGCAGUCACGGCUAAUCAUCGACCACUUUUAGCACACCCUUGUAGCCAAAUUAUUUUAGCUGAUUUAUGGAUGGGAGGUCUUCGUACGAGAAAGAAUACGAAUUUAAAGGUCGUACUUGGGUUAGUUUGUCCAUUUUAUAUAAUGUGUUUGGAAUUUAAAAGUCGCGAGGAACUGCAGCUGAUGCCACAAACUCAGGAAGAACAUUUGAUCUCUCUUGAAGAUGAGAAAGAAGAUAGUGAUUCAGAGCAUGGUAUACCAACAGGUCCAGAUGUUGAGAAACGUCAGCGCAGGAGCCUGAGCGUACGCAACAAAUCCAGCAGCCAACAAGGCGCUAAGUUAUCAUCAAGGAAAACUUCUAUUUAUUCAAUAUCGGAAUCCGUACCGGCUUUAAUCAGCAACGAACACACUACUGCCAUCAAGGAGACAAUUGUACAAGAAAAUGGUAAAGUACUGACAGAUAACGAUGAUGGAAUUCAUCGUAUAUAUGGUAUAAACUCUGACUACUAUGACAUCAAGAACAGCAGGCCAUUGAGAUUGAGGAAAAAAUUGUAUGAAUUUUAUACAGCUCCCAUCACAAAAUUUUGGGCUAAUGCUAUAGCAUACAUUAUUUUCUUGGUUCUCUUCUCAUACUCCAUUCUCAUACAUAUGGAUGAUCGUCCAUCAUUAGCAGAGAUUUAUGCCAUUGCAUAUAUUUGUACAUUAGGAUGUGAAAAAGUACGAGAAAUAGCAACAUCUGAACCAGCUACUCUUUCACAUAAAUUUAGUGUUUGGGCAUGGAAUAUGUGGAAUCCUUGUGAUGCAGCUGCCAUUAUUUUUUUUCAAAUUGGUUUAGCUUUACGCUUGAGACACUCAACUCUCGAUAUUGGUCGUGUCAUCUAUUGCGUUGAUUCCAUUUAUUGGUACUUAAGGAUAUUGAAUAUUCUUGGCGUAAAUAAGUACUUUGGUCCUUUAGUUACAAUGAUGGGAAAAAUGGUGAAAAAUAUGACAUACUUUGUGGUACUUUUAAUAGUGGUAUUAAUGAGUUUUGGAGUCACUCGACAGGCAAUUUUGAACCCUAAUGCUGAACCGAAAUUGAGGAUUAUUCGUGAUAUAUUUAUGGAACCAUAUUUUAUGUUAUAUGGAGAGGUAUAUGCCGACAACAUAGAUCCAGAUUGCGGAGACGAACCAGGAAUGAUUCCAUGUUUACCAGGCCGGUGGAUCACACCUACUGUAAUGUCCAUUUAUCUUUUAAUUGCAAACAUAUUGUUAAUAAAUCUUUUGAUUGCCGUAUUCAAUAAUAUUUUCAAUGAAGUAAACGCGGUGGCGCACCAAGUUUGGAUGUUCCAACGUUUUACUGUUGUUAUGGAGUAUGAACAGAAACCUGUUUUACCUCCUCCGCUCAUUGUAGUUUGUCAUAUAUAUCUGGUGGUGAAAUAUUUGCUGCGAUAUGUAACACAAGGGAAAGCAAACACUGGUGAAACCUACGACAAUGGACUGAAGUUGUUCUUAGAGGCAGACGACAUGGAGCGCCUCUACGAUUUUGAAGAGGAUUGUGUUGAAGGAUACUUCCGUGAGCAAGAGUUGAAAUUGCAAAUGUCUACAGAGGAACGUGUUAAAAUUACCACAGAAAGAGUGGAGAAUAUGCAUUCGAAGAUCGAAGACAUUGACAAGAAAGAGAAUACUCAAAAUGCAUCUCUUCAAGCAGUGGAGUUUCGUAUGCGCAAAUUGGAAGAAUUAAAUGAACAGAUUUUGGCACACCUAGGAGUUAUACACCGAUUCAUGGCUACUCACAUGCCCAACAUGGAGGGCUUAUCUAGUUUUGAUAUAGACGGUCGCCAGCGUAGGGUAUCAGAACGCUCAGAAGUUCUGUCAGAAACAGAUUCUCAUACCCAACUACCAGCCAUUGCGAUUAAACGUAAGAGAUUGGUCCGAUCGAUGACCGAUGGCACUUUCCUUAACCUAGGCCCAUCAAUAGAUGAUGAUGUGCUGAAACAUUCAGAAACUGCUAUAUCUCGCGAGAACCUCAGUAGGAACGAGUCUUCUAUAAGUGGAGAUGGACACACUGUUCAAGAUGACAUAAAGACAAUCACAAGCCAGGAAACUGAAGCGAGCAAAGUAGAUGGUGAAGGAGAGAUCCUAAAGAAGGAUUCGCAUUCUGACAGCAGAGAGCUAAGCAGAGAGCCAAGCAGAGAACCAAGUGGAGAGCCAAGUAGCAAAGAACCAAGUACGGAACCAAGUAGACAAACGAGUAGAGAAAUAAGUAGAGAAACAAGCAGAGAAGCUACAAGCAAAGAACCGAGCAGAGAAGCCAGCAGCGAAGCGCCAGCUUCGGAACCUAUUCCUAGGCAAGAUUCUACAGAACGACCUAUUAGACAAAAUAGUAGAACACGUUCAGAAUCAGAUGAUGUAACGAUUUUUCCACCGUCGAACAUAUCAAGAGGAGUAACGUGGGCUGAGCCACGUGUUGCAGUCAUUCCAUCGUCUUCAACAAGUAGUACGCAGAGGUCUAUCCUAUUAGCCAUGCAUGCCGAAUAUACAAGCAUAACGGACGAGCUGGAGAGCUACUGUGGCCUUCUAAGUCCACCUCGAACACCGCCAAUUUCUCCACCACCUUCGAGAGCUAGAAACUUAUCCGAAAUGUCUAACCCUGAGAUGGCUUGGCAAAUUGAGAAUGAACAUCUACGUGAUGCUGAGGAGUGCGAUUACCAACAGAUGGAAGAUUUAAUACAGAGGAGGUACAUCGCAGAUGACGAGGAGCCUUUGCAUACUGAUGAAGCUACCCUGUUCAUAUCGAACGAACACAGGCAUCAACUUCGAAGAGCUUCUGCCAUCGAUGAAGAGUCUCGAAGGCCUCCACCUACAAUUUGCGUGACCAGGGAGAUCGAGCAAACGCUUUCAAGGCCACCGAUCCGGGACUCGGAAAGCUCAGAUCCUAACGACAAGAAUCUGAGUACGGUACCUGCCCCAGCGUCAGAGACCAUGUGCUAAAUGUUAGUGCACUCGCCUCGAGGUAAACUAACCUCAAAUAUUUUAUGAAUCAUUUAGGAAUUGAGGUAAUCUAUCCUCAAUACACUUUCUAAAUUGAUCUGACUCAAUGAGAUAAUGCAAGUCAAGGUUACAGUGAAAUAUGUAUUUUCAGUUGGUAUUAUUUUUCUAACUGUUUUAACAUUGAGAUACAGAGAAUCGAAUGAAACAGUAUUUUUAAACAAAGAAUGUUUUAAAAUUGUAUACUUGAUAUUUUAUCGUAACAAAUAAUUAUAACUAAAUGGAAUGCAUUUUUCUAAUUGUUUACUUAUAAUGCAAUGUAUUGUUGAGCUCAGAUCUGAAGAUCUUUUAUUAUAAUAUUUUAGCUGCAAUUUUUGUAAUUUUUUUUCGCGUAAUUUCUUCUCAUAGUUUAAUCAUUUUUAGCCGUAAAGUACUUAGUAUAUUAUAUAUACAUAAUAAAUAUGCACAUGAAUACGUACAUAUAAAUAUUGCAGUUAUUUAGCUCAUAUUUAUGCUCAUAUUAAAAUUAAUUCGAGUAUUCAAGUGCUACACAUUAGAAUUAGCAAUUUUUAAUCUACUUUAAUCCAUUUGCUUUUUAAGUAACCAUUAAAUAUAUUAUAUACAAUU